GCGCCUUUGGACGUGCCCGACAGCAAAGGCACGUCGGCAUUGGAGGAGCCGCUGUGACGCGCAUGCGCACUGACAUCAUGCAGGUUCACUAACCGAGCAUCUCCAAAGAAGAGCUAAACACAAGCCAAGUUUUCAGCAAGUUCUACCAGUCAUUUUUAAUCGUUUAACUUCACAGGAUAGACUGUAUUUGAGGAUGUAAAGCUAUUUCUGAACAGAGCGAGGAUGAGUCCACCGACUGGAGACGGAUGAAGAUGACAUUUCUGUUAUGGCGAGCUGUGUCUCUGUGGCUAUGUGUAGCUGUUUUAUUUUUGUGUCUUGAUGAAUCCCAUGUUUCUAGUGCAAAGCAUCAGGAAGAGGCCAAAAGGCUUAAGUCCACACAGGACAUGUGUUCGGAGAAAGGGUGCGACCAAAUGACUCACAAUGAAAAGCUUGAAGCAGCACAAUCAUUUUCAGACAAUGUGCACCCUAAAGGUGAAGAGGAUGAGAUAAAAGAUGAACACAAAGACAAAAGAGAACAACGGAUUUUGGAUUCUGAGGUGCCUGCCAUGGAACUGUUUGGGAGAGAAGAACCAAAAGAAGAUGAGCAUGAACAAAACUCAGCACACGAAUUGGACAAACUGUCCACUCUUCCGUCUUCUGAGCCAGACUCCAGUUUGGCUGCUGAGUUUAAAGAUGGAUCUAUGCUGCACAUUCAGGAGGAAAUACUAGAAAGUGUUUCAGACCAUGCCCCUGUUGUAGCAGAAGUAAAUGAUUCUGAUUCCCCUGCUGCUGAUUGUGAGGUGGAGCCCAACCCCUUUGAUGGUGACAGCAGCCCCCCGAUGGUCCUGGAGAACACCUCUAAUGCUCACACCACAGGCACCAAGUCCCUCCCUGACCCUCCUCUGGGCUCCCCAGCUGCUCCCAGCACACAGCAUCUGGAGACCAAUGUCUCCCACAUGCUCCAAGACCAGAGCUCAUCUGGUCCCGCAGAGACGGAUUCCAAUGUGGGCAGCAAAGACCCAGAGGAUAUUCCAACAUUUGAUGAGUGGAAAAGAAAAGUGAUGGAGGUUGAAAAAGAAAAAACUGUGACCACACAUACGUCUACUAAUGGCGCUGCUCAUCCAGUAAAGAAAGCCCAAAAAAACUUCAACAACUAUGCUUCUGUGGAGUGUGGGGCCAAAAUAUUGGGUGCUAACCCUGAGGCUAAGAGCACUUCAUCCAUUCUGAAGGAGAACAUGGAUUUGUACAUGCUAAAUCCUUGUAGUAAUAAAAUAUGGUUUGUUAUUGAGCUCUGUGAGCCCGUUCAGGUGAAGCAGUUGGAUAUUGCCAACUUUGAGCUUUUUUCCUCUACUCCCAAAGACUUUCUUGUCUCCAUUAGUGACAGAUACCCAACAAACAAAUGGCUGAAGCUGGGAACUUUUCAUGCUCGAGAUGAACGUACUGUCCAGAGUUUUCCAUUGGAUGAACAUCUUUAUGCUAAAUAUGUCAAGAUGUUCACCAAGUACAUAAAGGUGGAGAUGAUCUCUCACUUUGGGUCUGAACAUUUCUGUCCUCUCAGUCUCAUACGGGUGUUUGGCACCAGCAUGGUGGAAGAAUAUGAGCAGAACACUGACCCCUCAGAAAGGCCAGAGGAGCAGGACGAUGACUUGGAUUACCCUGCUGGCUAUGCACCUGGUGAAGGUGACUCCAAAAAUUUAAUUGGAUCUGCAAAGGAUGCCAUUUUUAACAUGGUUAAAGACAUUGCUGUUGUUCUGGGAGGAAGCGAUGAGAUGCCAGGCAACAUAACAUCCCAGGAAGUUAAUAUGACUGAGCCACAAUUACAACCUGAAACAGCUACUGAAACAAAACCAAACAUCCAACCUGAGCCAGAACUGGAAGACUUUUCCAAAACUGCAACUCCAGGCACUGAAAUGCCUGAGGCAGCUGUAACGGAUUCUAACAAUGACGAAUCUGCAGCUAAAGAAGAACAAAUUGUCAUUCCUUUAGAAAAAGAUGAGGAUGAGCCUAGCAUCAGCUCUACCAUUAUUUACCUGGGCGAGGAGGAGGUAGCUGAAGAGAACCUUGGCGACCAACAAAAGGAUCCAUGUGCUGUGUUGACUCUAGCUCCUGCCUGCUCCUGCGCUGCUUCGCUACACGAGUACCUACUGCAGACAUGCUUACUGCACAUACCCCAAAAUUGCACAAACUGCCAAACUGCAGAACAAUUACAAACUGAUGUACCUAACUGGGUGAUAUACCAGCCCCCUUCUUCAUAUCCACAACCGCAGCAGACACAGAAGGACUCACUGGAAACACCAGACAAAGAAGAUUCAGUUUCUGAGCAUGAGAACAAAGCCAGCUUCACUGAAAACACACUGUCUUCUAAUAUAGUAUCCCAGCUUGAACUUCAAACUAUAGAGCCAAGUCAGACUUCGGACCACCGCAGCACCAUUGAGCCUUCUGUAACAAUAGCAAUCCCUGCUGAAGAAACACCACAGUUAGUCUUUGAAGUACCGAUCAAAUUGCCAAAUUCUGAAAUCAACCAAGAUUCAGCUGAGGAGAAGCAAAUAGAAUCAACAGGAACCCUUAGCAGCACUGUCGAUGUUGUACCCACUGUCAGUGCAACAUUGGAUGAUGCAACUACCAAACUACCAAAAGAGAAAAAAAGUCUAGAUUUAUCUCAAGAAAUUAAAAGCAAAGAGGACAAAGAUCCAGCACAAAUUAUCAAUGGCAAAACCCCUCAUUCAGAGCUAGAAGCAACAGUUGUCCCAGAUGAGAAUAAACUGCCUGAAAUAGAGACCAUCCCUAACCCCCUACCCUCUGAUGCACUCAGCAUGGAUUCAAAAAUGGAGGACUUGAAUGAGGACAUAGCCACAGGUAUCUCUCGCCCCUCUGCUGCUGCUUCGCCGUCUGUCUCUGAUAUUUACGCAGAGCCACCUAAUGGUACGGAGCUGAAUGGCAGCCCAGUGCACGGCUCCAGUCAGAAGGAGUCUGUGUUUAUGAGGCUGAACAAUCGAAUAAAAGCUCUGGAGAUGAACAUGUCAUUGAGUGGACGCUACCUCGAGCAGCUCAGUCAGAGAUACCGAAAGCAAAUGGAGGAGAUGCAAAAGGCUUUUAACAAAACUAUAAUCAAGCUCCAGAAUACCUCCAGGGUGGCAGAGGAACAGGAUCUUCGUCAGACUGAGUCCAUUCAGCAGCUGCAGGGCCAGUUGGCAAAUGUGACUCGGCUGGUGCUCAAUUUGUCUGUCCAGGUCAGCCAACUGCAAAGUGAGGUGUCUGAUCGUGAGAGCUAUCUUCUGCUCUCUCUGUUCAUGUGUCUCUGUUUGGGUCUACUGCUUUAUGUCAACCGCUGCCGAAUGUCCUCUACUUCCUGUUCUGAGCCAGAGCCUCCAAUCUCAGAGAGCUAUACCUACUGCUGUCCAGAACGGCAGUUUUCCAGCGAUGAGGCGGCACUCAAGAGAAGCGCAUCCUAUCCACUCAUCCACUCUGACUCAUUCCAGUUAGCCUCCACUAUGGGUCCAGAAAUCCUGCAACACGAAGAGACACAGAGUCUUUGUCCAGCCAUUAAAAAGAGAAGACGUAGAAAGGUGAAGUCCCUGGAGAAAGUGGAGACUCUAAAACCCUCUCUCCAUGCUGCUGAGCCAGUCCAGAUCAAAGGACUUGAUAAAACUUGUAAUGGGGGGACCCUUCUUGUAGAGCCAAACCCUCUUGCAGAGACCAUACUCCAGCCCCCUUUUAGAGACGCUGUGUCGGAGGGAAGCUCCGAAGGCUCGUCUCACUCAGACGACCCUUCGUUCUGUGGCAUCACGUCGGCCUGUAACAGGAUCUGUGAUGGACUUCCAGCUAAAAGUCGCGCCGAGCGGCGGGCCCUUAGGCGCAGGCGGCCCACGCACAGUGGAGUGGUGGACUACCUCAAAGCCCCCAGCAGACACAAGAGGAACUCUCUACCUAUUUACACCAUCCAUGACAUCAUGGACAGACAGGAGCAGAGCUCAUGUGGACUCAAUGUGCACCUGUCAGGACCUGUCUGACUUAAAAUUUACACUCACUGCUAAAGCUGUAGAAUAGUGGGUAGGGCAAAUAGCUUGAAGCUUUAACAUUGGACAAUCCUCACCUGUUAAUGCUAAUGAUUAGUUCUUGUUACAUGCCCAUGUUUGUAACAUUAAUGUCUUCCAAGAUUCUUCCUAUUUGUUUGGAAGUGCUAUUAAAUAGAAAUAUUGUACACAAUAUAUGCUUUUUUCACAUACCUUUUUGUGGGACCUCCCACAAUUUGUGAAACAACUUAUUGUACUAUCUAGUAUUUAUUUAUUGAUUUUUAAUUAUUUUUUAACCUAUAGAUGUUGAUGCAAUACCUAUAAAUUCCCUAUUCUUUUCUACUUCAUUGUUCUAUUCAUAUUCAGUGAACUUUAUCAACUGCUUUUCUCCUGUUAUAACCUUUGUUAAAGCACCAUAAAACAAGGAUCUAUUUUGUGGCUAAAUACAUUUGUCAUGAUGACUGAACAAUCAGAGUAUGAUCGCCAGUCUCUUUUUGUCUCCAGUAGAGGGCAGUGUAUCAUAGAAGUAAGAUUUAUGCAUUUUGAGCUCCCUCACCAUCAUUUUCUGUUGAUGAGUCAUUGGAUUGCAGUAAAUAAGCUCAAGGGCUAAUUCCCCCUAUCCUUUGUGCAAACCUUUUUCAUUGUUCCAAAAAUCUGCACCACUAGUGACCAUGAAACUGUUUCUAUUAUAUUUUCUGUGUAUAUUUUAAAAGCAUAAUACAAAGAAUAUAAUCUGGAACUUCCAUUUGUGUUCAAGGCAACAGACUAAAUAAACAGUGUGUCUGAGGAUCCCUGUAGCCUUGACUAGAACCAUGUGGCUGUGUUUGUCAAGUUGGAAAAAUCUGGAUUAAUUCCAUUACUUUUCUACGGCCUCUUAGUCUCUGUGGUCACGCACGGGUCAGAGCAGAGAAAAAUUGGGUUAAACCUCUUUAUUUAUGUGGCCUGGUGGAUAGCAGGGGCCACUCUGAGAUAAGCGUGAUGCCUGAUGCGUUCUUCAUUUUGUUAACAGUAUUCCUGGGUUUCCCUUGCUCUUCCCAUUUCAAAGAUUAUCUGUAAAUGCAGGGUUGCAAUCCUCUUUUCCCAGGCACUUUUUAUCUGUGGCUGUCAUGGACUCAAUGGAUGCUUUUGAAAAUAGCCCUGAGCUGUGUUGGGCCGUGCGCUUUGAAACUCAUGCCCAUAAGAUGUAUGGAAAUCAUUUUAUUAUUCCU